AUGCUUUUUUUCUCAUUCUUCAAGACAUUGGUUGACCAAGAAGUCACCGUUGAACUGAAAAAUGAUAUUGAGCUAAAAGGUACCUUGAAGUCAGUGGAUCAAUAUUUGAACCUGAAACUAGACAACAUAUCCUGUUCGAAUGAGAGCAAAUACCCGCAUCUGAGCUCGGUAAGGAAUAUCUUCAUCAGAGGCUCGACGGUAAGGUACGUUUACCUGAAUAAGAGCAUGGUCGACACCAAUCUGCUACAGGAUGCGGCAAGAAGGGAGGCAAUGACCGAGAAGAAAUGA